CCAAAAAUCAGCGAGUCAAAGGGCGAUCCCGAACAUGACCCUGAAUUGAUGACGCAGGCCGCAGGCCGUGCUCGGCACCAGCUGGAAUGUUAACCCUUGGUUUAGGGGUGCACGAAGGAAAAGGGGAUGAAAGAGGAAAACUGAAACUCCUGAGAUGGGAAGGAAAACGUCAGAGGUGAUCCCAGCCUUAAAUUCCCAACAAAGUGUGUGGAUGCUGGAGGGAGACAGGGGUAUGGCUAGUUGGAUCUUUCUUCUCCCUUGCUACCACAUCUAAGGGAUGGGGUGGGUCCUGUAAUAUUUGGGAGGAGCAAACUGUCCAAACCCUCUGGAUUAGGCAUGCUUUAGCAGCUGGUGAAUUUAUCCAGACCCAUCUGGGACUUGAUGGAAAAGGCUUGGGUUUAACAAAUAAAGCUUUUAAUAAGUAAAAAUACUAUUUUAUGCUUAAAAUACAAUCCUGUUCUCAAGUUCUUCUUCUAGCAGAGUUUGGAAACCCUGAGGAGCAGCCUUCUGUGAGGAUUAGGAGCCAUGGCCAGACUGGGAAGCAGCCAUCAUUCCCCAGGCUGUGGAAUUCCAUCAAGCCGUGAUGAAGCAAAGAGGAGGAAAAGAGUCCUGUUCCCGAAUUCCUCGUGCAGCAGAGCCGAUCAGUGCAAUCCCAGAAAGGUUAUUUUAGAGAGGCAGGUGCUGGCCCUCAGGCAACCUAAACACGCCAGGGAAAAAAAAAAAAAUUCUCUCACCUCUUUGUGGGGCAGAAAUUACUGAUUGGUUUCUUCUUAUCUCGUGCAGUGCUUGACUCACGGGGUUAUACAGCAACAAUUGCCAAGCUCUGCUUUCCAGCUUGGGACGGGUCUGGAGGUGGGAGACGUUCCUCGGGCCGCUGGAACAGGUGAGGGAACUCAGGGCUCCCACCAUGUCUGGGAAGAGGUCCAAGUGCUCCUUCUCCCGCCUGGAGGUGAUCCUCAUCGUCUGCCUGGUGCUGAUGAUCACGUUGACCGUGGUGCUGCUCGUCCUCCACUUCCUCACCAAAGACAGCGAUGAUUCCAUCAACGUAUUGGAAACAGCAAACUACUUACUGGGCGUAGGUCGAGCUGACUGCACAGGACCAGUGGCACAAGUUCCCCUGAUGGGAUAUGCCAACCCGGAGCAGGUGGCUGGUGGGCUUCUCACCCGCCUCUACAGCCGGGCCUUCAUCGUGGCGGACCGCGAUGACUCCCGGCGGGUGGUGUUCGUCAGCGCCGACAUAGGAAUGGUGUCCCAGAGAGUGAGGCUGGAGGUGCUCGAGAGGCUGAAGAGCAAGUACGGUGACCGGUACCGACAGGACAACGUCAUCCUCAGCGGCACCCACACGCACUCGGGGCCCGGGGGGUACUUCCAGUACACCCUCUUCUGGAUCACGAGCAAAGGGCUCAUCAGACCGUCCCUCAACUCUAUCGUGAAUGGCAUCGUGAAGAGCAUAGACAUAGCACAUGAGAACAUGAAGAGAGGAAGGCUUUUUAUAAACAGAGGCACUGUGGAAAACAGCCAGAUCAACCGAAGCCCUUUCUCCUACCUUGCCAAUCCAGCAUCCGAGCGGAGCAGGUAUUCAUCCAACACAGAUAAAGAAAUGGUGAUUCUGAAGAUGGUGGAUGAGGAUGGACAAGAUCUAGGCCUUAUCAGCUGGUUUGCUGUGCACCCCGUCAGCAUGAACAACACAAACCAUCUCGUGAACAGCGACAACGUGGGCUACGCGUCCUACCUGUUCGAGCAGGACAGGAACAAGGGAAUGCUUCCUGGAGAGGGCUCUUUUGUUGCCGCCUUCGCCUCCUCCAACCUGGGAGACGUGUCGCCCAACACCGGAGGCCCGACCUGCGCCAACACGGGCGAGUCGUGCGACAACCCCCAGAGCAGCUGUCCCGUCGGAGGGGCAGCCAUGUGCAUGGCCAAGGGUCCCGGGAACGAUAUGUUCGAGAGUACCAGGAUUAUAGGGCACAAUAUCUACUCAAAAGCAAAGGAGCUGUAUGAAAAGGCUUCCCAGGAGGUCACAGGGCCCCUGAGCUCAGCCCACCAGUGGGUGAACAUGAGUGACGUGUCGGUGGAGCUCAACGCCACGCACACGGUCAAAACGUGUAAACCAGCCUUAGGCCACAGCUUUGCCGCGGGGACGAUUGAUGGAGCGGGCGCUUUCAACUUCACACAAGGCUCAGUAGAAGGUGACCCGUUUUGGGAUCAAAUCCGGGACCAGCUGCUGGGAGAGCCAUCCAAUGAAACAAAAGCCUGCCACAAACCCAAGCCCAUCCUCUUCAGCACGGGAGAGAUGACUUGGCCCCACCCGUGGCACCCGGACGUCGUGGACGUGCAGAUCGCCGCCAUCGGCUCGCUGGCAAUCGUUGCUGUUCCCGGAGAGUUCACGACCAUGUCUGGCCGCAGGCUGCGGGAAGCUGUUAGAAGUGAAUUUGAUUCCCAUGGGACACCAAGGAUGAACGUGGUAAUUGCAGGCCUGUGCAAUGUCUACACCCACUACAUCACCACCUAUGAAGAAUACCAGGUUCAACGAUAUGAGGCUGCAUCGACUAUUUAUGGGCCACACACCCUCUCUGCCUACAUCCAGCUCUACAGAGGACUUGCAAAGGCCAUUGCCACGAACACCACUCAGGACUUGCCCCGUGGCCCAGAGCCCCCGUUCUUCAACGUAAGCAACCUGACCUUGCUGCCCUCUCUCGGCGUCGAGCGCGCGCCGGCGAACAAGACGUUUGGGGAUGUGCUGCAAGAAGUGAGACAACGGUAUCGAGAGGGAGAAGUUGCUGAAGUGAUUUUCGUGGGAGCAAACCCCCGGAACUCUGCAGAGAACGCGACUGAGCACAACUUCCUGACGGUGGAGAGAUACAUCAACACUUCAGGCUCCUGGCAAGUGGUGCAGAACGACGCCUCCUGGGACACCAGGUUAUACUGGACCAAAGGAUCCCUGAAUCAGAGCAAUGUGACCAUCCAGUGGCACAUCCCUCGUGGCACAGAGCUGGGCAUCUACCGGAUACGCUACUCCGGGCACUACAAGAAAAGGCUGUCCAUCAUUCGCACCAUCACUGUCCCAUUCGAAGGCUCAUCCUCAGCCUUUGAAGUCACAGCUCCAUAGGUGAUCUCAGACAUUAAAGGAAUUGUUUCCCUCCAGCAGCAGGUUUGAUAUCCUGGGAGUUUCUGUGCAGGGCCGGGAGUUGGACGUGGAUGAUCCUUGUGGGUCCCUUCCAGCUCAGGAUAUUCUGUGAUUCUGUGAUGUUCUGGAAGGGUUUUUUUUUUUUUUGUGGCACACGUGGCUCUGUACAUCAUUGCUGUCCCUUGAGCGCUGCUGGUCAUCCUUUGCUUUGCAAAGCUCAGCUUCCUGCAAAGUUUUGACUCUCAGCUGCAGUUCAGUCUCCUCAUGUAUUCUCAUUCAGGUGGUUCCUGUCCUGGCCAGAUCUCGUUGCAGUUGAUUCUUACUGUAAUAAAAGAUGUAACUUUCUCUUCAGUCAUUAAACAAGUGCAUACUGAUGUUGAAUAGGAUCUUUCUGAGGGAAUUAGUGCAUAUUGGGAGCUACUCCAGACCAUAAAAUAGUCCAUAAAAUUGA